AGCUUUCGAUGUCGCAAUUUUAUUUUUUUUUUGCUGUAUUUUAUGGAAGAAUUUUUUUUCUUUAUAUUCUUUAAUCUCAAAUUUAGACAGAGUCUAGAAGAAGCAGAAUAUUGCACAUUACGGCAACAAAAUAUUAAAAAAAUCCAGGCUUUGUCGUGAAAAGAGACAGUGAGACUGUGAGAGUAUGAAUUUGGAAGGAAAAAAUCGAAAAUUGAAGGGGCAAUCCCAGACUCUGCAGAGUUUGCUUUUGUGGGUCUGUCCGUCUCUCUCUUCUCUUCCCCACAGCAGCGCAUCGAUCAGUGAGAAGCUGGACCCCGAAAAAGUUUUCCUUCCUCACUAAGCUUUCUUGUCUCAAAUCUCGUACCUGGUCUGCCCGCUUCCUCCAUCACUCUCUUCCGGGUCGCUCUCCAGCGGCAUUGUCAACGUUGGAAGCUUUCUUGGCAGCAACUGAUCGGACCCAUAAACUCAGCAAGAGUUUCUGGUUGCGGUAGGAGACGGACGGGCCGCCAUUGGCGAGGAAAAUGUUCACGGAGGGUCUUGACAGAAGUGCCCUCAGAUGGGUCAGAGAGAAGGAAGGCGUAGUCCCUAGUUCAAAUCUCAGACCGAGGAUAGAUCCCAUCACUGGUGGGGUUAAUGGCAGCCGCGGAUUUGUGCUGCCCCCAGCAUCGAAAUUCCGCAGCGGGCACUUGCCGCCCAGUGCCGUCCCUGUCUCCCGGACGAUGCCUGGUGGGUCCAUUGAUAGUAGGUCGGGAUCGGACAAUGAUAUGGAUACUGGUUUUUCUUCUGAAGAAGAAGGAACGUAUGGGGCCCGCUACUCGCAUGAAUCGUCCCCUCGGGAUGAAAGGGUCCCUAACAGUUCAGCUUUUAGAUAUGGACAAAAGAAAUAUGCAGGUGACUAUAGCUACUCAGAUGUCAGUUCUUCACGAGAAACAAUUGCAGGUAGAAAAGCCCAGGUGCCGAUGGGGUCUGUUAGGGGAAACGGCGAUGUGAGGUACUCAUACUCAGUGGGGUCCUAUGCUGACAAAGACUAUGAUUCCGAUUCAGCUAGUAGUUCGGAGUUCUCCACAACACAAGCCGGUAGCACCAAGAUCAAUGGGACUGCAAGUCGAGCUAGAGGGAAUACCCCUACUGGAAUCAAGGCAGAAGCUGCUGCUCAGAAGGGUAGAAUGAAAAAUUUGCAAUUGGAUGAGGAUAUUGCUAGCGCACCUCCAUUAUACUGUUUCACUCAAGAACCUAAGGGGGGCACAGACAUGGCGACAAGGGAUGGGCCUCAUAUAGAAGGACCUCAUACAUCAGAUGCCCGGACCACUUUAAAAUCUGAAUCUGGGAUUAGGCCUGAGUCUGACGCUGGGAACAGGAUCGAGGAGCCGUUUACCAGAAAUACAGCCAGUAUAGAGGCUGGUAUUCCUUCGAGUUCACAACCACCCCGUGUACCUGCCUUUCAUGCAAGUGCUCUUGGUCCGUGGCAUUCUGUGAUUGCAUAUGAUGCCUGUGUGCGGCUCUGCCUCAACGCAUGGGCGAGGGGUUGCACGGAAGCCCCAAUGUUUUUGGAGAAUGAAUGUUCUUUGCUGCGGGAUACGUUUGGGUUGCAGCAAGUGCUUUUGCAGUCAGAGGAGGAACUGUUGGCAAAGCGAUCUUCAGAGCCUAGCAAUGAGGGAGCUCUCACAAAACAUAAAAAAGUUAUUGGGAAGAUGAAGGUGCAAGUACGUAAAGUGAAAACACUCUUGGACCCACCAACAGGAUGUAGCAUCCUAGCUCUUCCUUCUCCUUCCUCUUUAAGGCCACUAUCCAUCAAAAUGGAGACUAUUCGUGAUCAGUUCUACAGCUUGCAGUCAACACUAUCUUCUAGAUGGCAAGCUCUUCGAAAAAUUCGUGCCGUGCCUCGACUUCCCACCAAUGGUUCCCUCUCCCGUCAGAGCAUGGCAUAUGUACAUGCUAGCACUCGGUACCUUAAACAAGUGUCUUCCCUCCUUAAAACAGGUGUCACGAGUUUACGCAACAGCUCAUCAUCCUAUGAGGUUAUGCAAGAGACGUAUGCUUGCUUAUUGAGAUUGAAAAGUACAUCUGAAGAAGAUGCCGUGCGCAUGCAACCUGGAUCUGGUGAAGCUCAUAUCUUCUUCCCAGAUACAGCUGGAGAUGAUCUAAUUAUCGAAGUCCUGGACUCAAAAGGGAAGCAUUUUGGGCGCGCUUUUGUUCAGUUGGCUACGGUUGCUGAUGACCCGGCUGACAAGCUACGCUGGUGGUCAAUUUUUCGGGAGCCUGAGCAUGAACUUGUGGGAAAGCUACAGCUUUAUAUCACUUAUUCGACGAGCUCUGACGAUAAUAGUCAUCUCAAGCAUGGCAUUGUUGCAGAAACAGUCGCAUAUGACCUGGUUCUGGAAGUAGCUAUGAAGGUGCAACAAUUUCAACAGAGAAACCUGUUGCUGCAUGGACCUUGGAAAUGGCUUUUAGCAGAAUUCUCAUCUUAUUAUGGAGUUUCUGAUGUUUACACGAAGCUAAGGUAUCUUUCAUAUGUAAUGGAUGUGGCGACCCCAACAGCCGACUGUCUUGUACUGAUACAUGACUUGCUGGUCCCUGUGCUUUUGAAGGGUAGCAAGAAAGGGACAUUAAGUCAUCAAGAGAACCGAAUCCUGGGAGAAACUAAGGAUCAGAUUGAACAAAUCCUUGCAUUGGCCUUUGAGAACUACAAAUCGCUCGAUGAAUCAUCUUUAUCAGGCAUUAUGGACGUUUUCAGGCCAGCGACGGGAACCGUUGCACCUGCUCUUGGACCGGCUGUCAAAUUGUUCACUCUUCUUCAUGAUGUAUUUUCUCCUGAGGUGCAGACAAAUCUGUGCCACCAUUUCCAGGUGGCAGCGAAAAAAAGAGCGAAGCGACUCUUGACAGAGACCGAUGACUACGUUGCAAACAAUGUAGAAGGCACUCUGUUGGACGCUGAUGCUAUGUCUACUGCUUAUCAGAAGAUGACUUCUCUCUGCAUGAACAUCAAGAAUGAGAUCUACACUGAUAUCGAGAUCCACAAUCAGCAUAUACUUCCCAGCUUCAUAGACCUUCCAAAUUUGUCAGCGUCUAUAUACAGCACAGAGCUUUGCAAUAGAUUGCGGACCUUCCUCACGGCAUGUCCCCCGGCGGGGCCUUCUCCUCCAGUAGCAGAGCUUGUGAUAGUGACCAACGACUUCCAGAGGGAUCUUGCUAGCUGGAAAAUCAGCCCUGUGAAAGGUGGCGUUGAUGCAAAGGAGUUGUUCCAUCUGUAUAUCUUGGUGUGGAUCCAGGAUAAACGCCUCUCCUUGCUCGAGACCUGCAAACUGGAUAAGGUAAAAUGGUCGGGAGUGAGGACUCAGCAUUCUACAACUCCGUUUGUUGAUGAUAUGUAUGAUCGCCUUCGGGAGACUUUAAAUGACUAUGAACUAAUUAUUUGUCGGUGGCCUGAGUACGUGUUUGUGCUUGAAAAUGCUGUAGCUGAUGUUGAGAAAGCAGUGGUGGAAGCACUAGACAAGCAAUACGCAGAUGUGCUCCUGCCUCUGAAGGACCAUUUGACGCCGAAGAAAUUCGGCCUCAAAUAUGUUCAGAAACUUGCAAAACGAUCAGCGUGCCCGUAUACUAUUCCUGAUGAGCUGGGAAUUCUGCUGAAUUCCAUGAAGAGGAUGUUAGAUGUUUUGCGCCCAAAGAUAGAAGCUCAGUUCAAGACAUGGGGUUCCUGCAUGCCUAUAACUGGGAACACAGCUCCAGGAGAGCGUCUCAGUGAAGUUACCGUCAUGCUGAGAAGCAAGUUCAGGAAUUAUCUGCAAGCUGUCGUGGAAAAACUCGCUGAAAAUAUGAGGUUGCAGCCCUCCACAAAACUGAAGAAGGUUCUUCAAGAUUCGAAAGGUAUUGUGGUAGAGUCUGAUGUAAGGGUAAGAAUGCAGCCUCUGGUGGAGCAUCUGUCAAGCACCAUGAGCCGCAUCCAUGCCGUCUUUGAGACUCACGUCUUCGUGUCUCUCUGUCGUGGUUACUGGGACAGGAUGGGACAGGACGUUCUGAGUUUCCUUGAGAACCGGAAAGAGAAUCGGUCAUGGUAUAAAGGUUCGCGGAUUGCUGUCUCGAUUCUCGAUGACACAUUCGCGUCACACAUGCAGCAGCUGCUUGGCAACACUGUCCAGGAGAAAGAGCUUGAGCCACCACGAUGCAUUAUGGAGGUCCGGUCGAUCCUGUGCAAGGACGGUCCCGAUUACCAGGACAACACCUUUUAUUAUUAGUGGGAGGUCAGGGCAACUUUGUAUGAGAGAAGAACUGGCAGGGACAGUUAACCGCCCGAUAGAUGAACGGCAGGGACAGUUGGUCGGUGACCUGUGGAUACUUAAAAGGUAAAAAAGGGAAAAUGUACAUAUGCUCGAGAAACUUGCUCCGGCCACCAGUUUUGUACCGCUGUUAGCUGGUAUUCGUGCAAAUAUGUAAUAGAAUGGUACCUGGCUGGAUCAACGUUCUUUUUGCUAUCAUGAUAGUAUUAAUCAAAUUUUGGUCCAAUGCGUCGUAACUUUUCCCUGAA